GUGCCUAAAAAAUGUCAACAAAUCUUGAGUUUUCUGCUUUUUAGCGUGACUAUUUUCACCAUUUGGGUGAAAAGGACUCUUUCCUAGUCUGGCCUCCACUUGAACAAAUCUGUGGAACAUGAUGGAUCUUUUCAGAACAUGUCUUUCUCCAUUGCACAUGAUAACAUGAACUUUUUGAUACUGUCCACAUUUCCCAUCUCAAGAAAAAAACAUCACCCUUUUUAAUGGGAUUCUUUAAAAGAUACAGCCAGCUUGCUACAACUUUAAAAACAAAAAUUCCUCUGAAUAAAUACCCCUGUUUUGCCCUACAUUUCUCUCUUGAUUCAUAGACAUAACAGAACAAAAAGAGAGAAUUAUGGAAUUCUUUCAUCACGACAAAACGCUCCUACUAUCAGAAUUGUUGACUAUCUGCGUGAUAGUUGUGGUUUCAUCUCUAGGUCCAAUCUAUACACCUCCAGACGUCGAGCGAUUAACUGAUCGUUUCAGUAGAUUACCCGUUAAUCAGAAAUAUAAUGCGUUUUUCGGAAGUGCUAAUGUCCGUUUAACAAAUAAUGGAUCAAGCGCUAAUCUUAUCUUAGACAAAUCUUCAGGUUCUGGACUGGUGUCAAGGGACAAAUACUAUUAUGGUUUCUUCAAUGCUGCACUAAAACUGCCUGCCAAUUUUACAUCAGGAGUUGUAGUUGCUUUUUAUCUUUCUAAUCAAAAUAUUUUCCCAAAAAACCAUGACGAACUUGAUUUUGAAUUGCUUGGAUAUGAGAAGAGAAGGAGUUGGGUUUUACAGACCAAUCUUUAUGGUAAUGGAAGUGUUGGCACAGGGAGAGAAGAGAAGUUCUACCUCUGGUUUGACCCAACACAAGAUUUCCAUGAGUACACCAUCCUCUGGAACAAGCAUCACAUAGUAUUUCUAGUGGACAAUGUACCAAUAAGAGAGGUAGUCCAUAAUACUGCAAUCUCUUCUGUUUACCCAUCAAAGCCAAUGUCUAUUUUUGCAACAAUAUGGGAUGGAUCAGAAUGGGCAACACAUGGAGGCAAAUACCCAGUAAAUUAUACUUACGCCCCAUUUGUAACAUCAUUAAAAGGAGUAGAAUUAGAAGGGUGUGUAAGCCAGCAAAAUGAUACUUCAUGUACUAAUAAGAGAAGCACAUCAAGUUCGGAUCCUGUUGAUGGAGAAGAAUUUGUGAAGUUGUCACAACAGCAAAUGAUAGGGUUGGAAUGGGCAAGGAGGAAGCAUAUGUUUUACUCGUAUUGCCAAGAUACUAAGAGAUACAAAGCCCUACCACCAGAAUGCACUGCUAAUUAAUAAGUAACAUAUAGUUGGUCUUAUUUUUUGUUCCUAACGUAUUCAAAGAAUUGAUACUUUAGAAGAUAAUAAUGUAAUAAGAGUAUAUACAUUGUUCGUGUAAGGAUUGUUUUAGAGCACCAGCCGCUUGAAGGACAUUUAUAGGUGAGCUUCUUAAAAUGUGAUUUCUGUAAUCCUGAAAAUAGGUUACCCAAUUGGAAAAGAUGUUGAUGAGUAAAGGCUUAAUACCUAGAUAGCCUCUUAAACUUAGCAUGUUUUGUAAGAUAGACAUUCAAACUUAGCUAGUGACCAGAUAGAUACUUAAACUUGACAAAAGUGUCUUUUAAACACCUUUGUAUGUAAGAUCAAGUGUUUCUAAUGUGUUUGAUAGACCAAUUAUAAAAUGACACUUGUAA